AUGUCUUCUGAUGCUCGUCCGAGUUCCCCUUCGCCAUCCGGCGUUGGACGUCGUUGUUGCUCGACUUGUCGGGUCAAGCUCCAGCGCAAGGACCAGCACUCCAGCUGCUUCGUGUGCCUGGGUUUGGGCCAUGCGGCGUUGAGCGCCACCUGCGCCUCGUGUCUCGCUCUCCCCAGGGAGGAGAGUGAACGCAGGCGCGCGUUCUUCGCCGCUACAGCGCCCCGUCCGGACCCCUCUCAGGACGAGGGGUCUGUGACUGACUGGGCCCCCCUCGACCUCCCACCCGUGCCCGCGGAGUGGGGUGACUGCGAGGACGGAGAGGUGUCGGAGGUCGGCUCUCUCUUCACGCUGGACGAGGUGGUGUCCAACCCGGAGCCGGACCGCUUCCCGCUGGACCACAUGCCUGGGCUCUACUCCACGGCGGCGGCCAUCAUGGAUGCCCCCCUGCCACCGCAACCGAACCAGAGGGUGGAGGACUUCACCUCUGGUUACGCCACCACUCGAGGGAGGAGGAGAGCGCAGCCCACGUUGUGCCCGCGUAUGGAUCCGAUCGUCCAUUACGCGACACGCGAGGACCACUUCAGCAGCGAUCUUGCGCAUGUGCCAGGCGCUAGCUGUCGAUGGCGGCCGCACGAUGGCAGCAGCACAAGUGGGGGCCAGACACCUCUGGCUGGGAACCUCAGAGAGGCGGAGAACAGGCAGCUGCUGGACCUGCCCAUCUCCCAAACGUCACUCUUCGGUCCGGAGAUGCAGACGCUGAUAACGAGGCUGGACACCGCAGCUAAGGACUCUGCUAGCCUGGCCCAGCAUCUAGCUGCGAGACGCGAGGCCCGCCCACCAGUGCGGAGCCGAGACAGAGGCAGGGAGCGCUCGCCCGGCAGGCGCCCCGGACCAUAUCCACGCUCCGUGGUUCAUCGUUCCCCAGCGACGAGGCCCCCGGGCCCAGACAGGCACACGGGAGGCUCGCGGGACCAACGCACCCACCGACGACCUCCCUAUGGCAGAGGAGGUCGGGGUGGGAAGAAUUCUUUCAAUAAAAGCCGUGCGGCAUUUCAUCAGUACUCGCUGUCUGAGUCUCAUUUGGGGGUAUGUAACAUGUCAAAUGAUUUGAAUUCUGAUUGUGUUACUUCUCGAGCAUAUAACGUGGCUCCGCUAGGCCUGCAGCCCCCAGAGAAGGGCGUGCAGCGUGCUAUGCGGGCCACGGGCUCCGAUUCACGGGUUCAUGUUUUGCCCUCCCGGAGAGAGGGCAGGCGGAGGGAUCUGGUAAGUGAUAAUGUGUGUGCUCCAGCCGAACGCGUGUUAGCAUCUCUGAGCUACAAGGCUAACACGGGGUUUCCCACUCCAGGGGCUCGUCCCCCCCUCCAUGAGGCAAGAGCCAAGGGGGGGCACAGCAGCCGUGUCACGUGUGGUGAGCAGAGCUACAAGGCUAACACGGGGUUUCCCACUCCAGGGGCUCGCCCCCCCCUCCAUGAGGCAAGAGCCAGGGGGGGGCACAGCAGCCGGGUCACGUGUGGUGAGCAGUCCCGUACUUAUGACGUCGGGCCUGCAGAACACGUGACCGCCCUCGGCGCUCACGAGGCACUACAAGCGGAGGUCUCCUCUCUGCUGAGUCGAGGCGCAGCAGUGGAGGUAGACCCGCAGGACGCCACCAGGGGGCUGUACUCCCCCUACUUCUUAGUGCCAAAGAAAUCAGGCGGGGUGCGUCCCAUUCUGGAUCUGCGCGUGUUAAACGAGUGCAUUUCCAAACGGCAGUUUCGGAUGCUGUCCACAAAGCAGCUCCUCGAGUGUGUCAGGGAAGGAGACUGGAUGACAUCCAUAGACCUGACAGAUGCGUACUUCCACGUGCCCAUAGUGCCAGAACACAGGAGGUUUCUGCGCUUCGCAGUGGGAGAGAGGAAUUACGAGUACUGCCGUCUACCCUUCGGGGAAGUGGCCCUGAGCCACACGCACUGGGUCCUGUCCCACAUACAGCGUCUGGGCUUUGUGGUGAACAGGGAGAAGAGCAAGCUGCAGCCAGCCCAACGCAUGGUUUAUCUCGGUCUGCAGCUAGACUCUGUGAUAUUCCGUGCUGCAUUGUCCGUGGACAGACGGAUGAAUAUUACCCGUCUGGCCCGGGAGGUUCUGGCGGGCCCCAGAGUCCCCGCUCGGCGCCUCAGGUCCCUGCUGGGAAUGAUGGCAGCGGCUCAUGCUGUGGUGCGGCUAGGCCUGCUCCACAUGAGAAAUUUUCAGAGGUGGUUCUCGCGCCUCAGGCUUCACCCCUCCCGGGACGGGGGGAGGCUGAUCUGGGCUCCCCAAGGGGCAGCAUCGGACAUCAGGUUCUGGCUCACUCCGGGUCUAUUGCGGGACGGAGUGACUCUGGCCUGCGCCGUGUCUCACGUCGAGGUGUUCACGGACGCGUCGCUCGAAGGAUGGGGCGGGGUCCUCGGCCAGAGCUCUGUAGGAGGCUGCUGGUCGGACUCAGCCCGUCACAUCAACCUGCUGGAGAUGGAGGCAGUGCACAGGUGGUCUCCUAUCUGA